UCCAUCUCUUCUUUUACUUCCGCAAAAUGGCGACAGUCGAGGCCACUCACAUUGUCCGGCCGGCGGAGGCGACGCCGGACGAGAUCAUGUACUUGAAUGCCGGCGAUCAAAUCAAAGAUAUCCUCCACACUCCAACCCUCUACUUCUACAAACACUCCGCCGUGUUAGACGCAAUCGACGCCGUUUCGCGCCUUAAGGACUCCCUCGGCAAGGCCCUCGUGCCCUUCUACCCGCUCGCCGGGCGCCUCAGCUGGGCGGCUGAAGGCGGCGGCAGGGUCGAGCUCCACUGCCGCGGCCAGGGAGUCCCCAUAUUCGAAGCCCACUCCGACGCCGCCGUGGAGGAUUUCGGCGAUUUCCGCCCAACUCCGGCCAUGCUGCCGUUCAUCCCCUCGGUGGACUACACCGCUCCCAUCCACGAAAUCCCCAUGCUCAUCGUGCAGCUCACGAGACUCCGCUGCGGCGGCGUCACCGUCGGCCUCGGCUUUUCCCACGUCGUGGCCGACGGCUCCAGCGCCCUCCACUUCGUCGGCGAGUGGGCGAAGAUCGCCCGCGGCGUGGGGCCCGCCGUGCCGCCCUAUCUAGAUCGUAAAGCGUUGGAAGCCGACACGCCGCCGAUCUCUGAAUUCGACGCGGCGGUGCUCGGCCCCAUGCCGACUCUGCUCGGCCAGGAGGACGACCCGGACGAGCAGGAGAAGCCGGUCGCCGUCGCGCUCCUCAGCCUCAGCAAAACCCUAAUAGAGAAGCUCCGCGGCAAGGCCAACCUCGGCCUCGACAACGCCUCGUGCCGCGGCUACAGCCGGUUCGAGGCGGUCGCCGCCCAUAUCUGGCGGUGCACGAGCAAGGCGCGCGGCCACGCCGCCGAGCAGCCGACCGGCCUCUUCUUCGUUGCCGACUUCCGCAAAAGAUUGAACCCGCCGCUCCCUGAAAACUACUUCGGCAACGCCCUAUUUCGCGUGGUGGUCACCGAGAAAUCCGGCAGCCUCCUCUCCAACCCAAUCUCCGCCGCCUCCAGAAAAAUCCGCGAGGCCGUGGAAAAGGUGACCGACGACGCUGUGAGAGGCUACAUGGACUAUUUAAAGAAGUUGCCGGAUGUGGGGCGGUUCAGAUCACUGGACAGCGAGGGGCGGCCGAAGAGGGGUUUAUUGGGAAACCCUAAUGUGGUGAUAAUAAGUUGGGCGGCGCUGCCGUUGUUAGGAACGGAUUUCGGGUGGGGGAAGGAGAUGAACGUGGGGCCGGGACCGAUAGGAUUAGACGGAAAAUCGUAUAUCCUCCCCGGCGACGGCGGCGACGGUGGAUUGAAUGUUGCCAUUUGGCUGCAGGAAGAUCAUUUGGAUGAAUUCAAGAAAUGCUUCUAUGACGACAUUUGA